GUUGAAAAAAAAUUGUUUUUGUUUUAAAUUAAUUAAUCGUGUAUUAUUAUGACACAAUAACAAUGAACAAGUACUUUUUACUACUGUUUUUUUGCAUCAAUUUGCCUGAUUUGUUAUUGACAUCAGAUUCUUCAGAAUAUGAUGAAUAUGAAGAUGCUCUAACAUGUCAAGUACCUGAUGAUGAACCGAGUAAAAUUAUACAUGUCAUCACGUCUAAUGGUUUUACUGAUAAGUGCUCGAUUUUUAUAUCAUCUUCAACAGUAGCUAAUAAUUUUGAUAUUCAUAUUAAAAUAAGAAAAGAUAUGAAUACAUAUACAUGUUCAACUGGAAUUGAAUAUGUUGAUCCUCAAAAUCCAGAAAUAAUAUCGUUAAAAGAUGGUGGCUUGGCAGUUUGUUCAUUCAAAAUUUAUCCAAAUCUCAUAGAAAGAAGAGGUCUCAUUUAUUUGGGGAAAUAUUGGAAAAUUGUUCAUGAGUAUUAUAAUUAUUGGAAGAAUGAUAAUUAUCGUUCGGAGACUAAUUUAUUUUUCAUGAACACAGCCGAAUGGUGGAGACAAAAUAAAUAUACUCAUCUUGCUUUACGAGCAUCGGGAAAUUGGAUAAACGAAUACUCAAACACUGAUUAUUAUUCAGUUUAA